AUGUCUGGAUCAAAUCCUUUUCGUGCUAGAAACCUGGGCAAUCCCGCAGAUUUGCCUACCAAAUUUGGCAUUUUUGCUCCUGUUUUGCCCUCCAAGUCUCUAUCCACUCCACCUAUAGCUCCGAACUGUUAUCCCGGGAAGUCUUCGUUAUCACUCGAACGCGAGGUAGAUGACUCCAGCUCCUCGGACGAAGAGACGAACCCGUUCAAUCCGGAUGUCUCUGCGAGCGAUAGCGAGAACGAAACCAAUGGUCACAAGAGCCUAGUUCCCCGUAAGGAUGAUCGACCGCGAGAAUCUUUUGGAUCAGCUCCACACCCAUCAACAGAUGGAUCCCCCAUAUCACCCGACCACAACAUGCGGUCUGCAACAGGUGUAGACAGCUCCCAUGCAGGACGUGCUACGGCGCAGUUGUCUCCAGAGCUUGAUGCAAGCAGCCCGUUCGGCCGAACUAAAGACAAGAAGCCGCCACCUCCGCCUAAGAGUCAUCACGGCCGCAGAAUCGGGUCUCCAGCCACCGCAGAAUCAUCCCAGACCGCCCGGUCCCGGUCUACUAACCGCCUGUCCAUCCAUGGCUCCUCUGGAGAUAUUGUGCCUGGCGCCUCGCAUCCAAGCUCUGUGUCUCUAUCAUCGGUAGACUAUUUCUCGGUUUCUACGGGAGUGACAGGAUCGACGGACUCGCUCCAGCGCAGCCAGUCUCAGCAUAAGCGUCCUCCGACGCCACCUCUCAGUCGACGGCACAGCCAGAUGCGGAGAUCCAAGUCUACACAGUCCAAAACUAGCAGUCGAUUAACCAUUUCUUACGACUCGGAGAGUAAUAAUAGCUCCCUGCCUCCUAGUCCGGGGCCUUCCAGUCGGGCGCUGGAAAACAAGAGAAUUAGCAUGCCUCCGCCAUCAUCGGGAGACUUCCAAGCGACGGCCCCGCUGGGAGAUAUCUCGCUGAACUUGUCUCCCCCAACUAAUUCCAGACCAUCAUCGCUGAAGGCUGGGCGACGAGCAUCAUCCUAUGGGAGUGUACCGGCUGGCUCUGGACCACCUCCGCCCCCUCCGCCUCGGCGCACUCGAGACUCCAUUGCCCGUAGUAGUGAUGUGAUGGGGUCGAAGGAGAACCAUACGCCAGCCCCUCAACCAUCCAAUGCUCUUGAUAUCCUGGCCGAUCUCACCAGACUUCAGAAGGAGGUGGAUGAUCUCCGGGGGCAUUAUGAGAAUCGGAAGGUUAAUGAUUGA